UCGCUAGCUUCAACUAGGUGUUGCGAAUAAAAGUGAUUUAAUCUUUUAAAUAAUAAAAUUCUAUACUACGUAAUUCACACCGACGAAUAUUUUAUACAAUUAUCGAAAACGUUGAGCUGUAAACAUCCGUCCACUGGUGUUGAGAAAAUCCUGUUUAUUUAAAGUCGUAUCAGAGCCAAGUGUCAAGUUUAAUGAGGAAAAAAGCUACGUUUGACCCGGUGUAAACAAGGAGUGUGUAAAGGGAUAAUUCGGGUUAUUUUUGCAGUGUGUUAAUUUUGGAGAGACUGCAUCACCAUAUUGUGUUUAUAUCAAACAGUACUAAUUUGGAUUUUAUCUCCCAGAUACCUGCAAGCGAUGAGGACUUUGAGUGGGAGCCUCCAACGGAGGCCGAGCUGAAGGUGAUCCAGGCUCAGAGAGAGAGACAAGACAAAAUCAGCAAGUUGAUGGGAAACUACCUGCUGAAGGGAUACAAGAUGCUGGGCGACUGCUGUGAUGUGUGUGGGACGAUUCUUCUUCAAGACCGACAGCAGAAAAACUACUGUGUUUCAUGUCAGGAGCUGGACUCUGACAUUGACAAGGACAACCCUGCUCUGAAUGCCCAGGCAGCCUUGUCACAGGCGAGGGAGCGACAGCUCGCAGCUCAGUCUCCCGCAACUUCACUUGAAGCCGAGCUGAACAGCGGCUCCAGCGGCGGCGGCGGUGGCCUGACAAACGUCACGGUCCCUCAGCCCCGACCAGAGCACUGUGAGGGAGCAGCGGCGGGGGGGAGAGCCUCCCUGCUUCCACCUCCUGUGCCUCCUCCGCCCACCUCUCCAGCAGCACCGGUGGUCAUGGCACCGGCUCGUCCCACGGUGUGUCCGCAGCCGGCGACCCUGGCGCCCGUGCUGCAGGAGGCCGAGGACGCCAUUCUCACCAAACUCCGCUGGGCCACCACUCAGCUGCAGAGCUCGGCCUCUCUGGAGGCCAGCAUCCAGCUGUGCAGCCUGAUCUCCAGCUGUGCCAACUCACUGCGCAGCCUUAAAGAGCUGGGCCAGUAAACCCGCCCCCCCCGCCGCCGCCGCCCCCCGGUGACAGGUGGAGACCCUCGGAGUGAUGGUGACGCUGUUUUAUUCGCCUCCUGUCCUGAAUAACUGACUCUGGUUCACUGGUUUGUAGAGAAUCUCCCUUUGACCGGACCGUAGAGCUGCGUUUACAACUGGUCAGAACAGACGCACUUGAAGAGAGGAAGUGUAAAAAAAAAAAAAAAAACCCUGCAGUUACAGACGUUACUGCCCCGAGUCGGAGCAGCUGCACCACCGCUUUGACACCCCCAGGGGAGACCGUGUGGUUUCACUGUAUGUUCAUUUGACUUGUUGACAACCUGUUAGUUAUGGUUAAACUCAACGUUAGUUUUUACUCCUGCUUCGUGUUAAGACAUUUUGAAUGAAUCAUUUGUAAUAUUUUACACAUACAUGACAUUUAUCUCUUUAAAAAAACAAAACUUCAUCAACAAGACGAGACUUGUUUCUUCUUUGGUUGACCGAAGACAAUAAAUGUUCUAUUUGCUGCUUAGCUCCUCACCCCCUCACCCUUUUUCUCCCCCGCCCCCCACGUCUCUACACCCACAGGUGGGAAACAGCCUGCCACUGUGUGCAGGCUGUUUCUAGUAUUUUCUUGUAAAUAUCUUGGAUGGAUGGUUGAAUUGUGGAGGGUCGCUCUGCCCCCGUGCUGCUCCGAAGGAAUCAGGGCAACAUUUAGGACUUCAUCACCAUCACCGCCCAGCACUGAUCCACAGCACUUCAUGUUAGGAAAGUCCAGUGUCAUCGCUGUUCCAGGCUGUUGAGGUUUUCUAAUGUUGUACCUGAAUAAAGCUUUGCCACUUUCAGAGUCA